GAUUAAAAGGCUCUCUGUGAGAUCCUUUGGCUUGUACAGUCGUAUCCUAUUUGUGCGAAUGGAGGUUCCUUGGUUCUCAGAUGCACGAAGCAAUGUUAUCUUUAGUUUUUCGGCAAUGCCAAAUGCAGCGAGGAAUGCAAUAGAAAGGAGGAGCCCUACUCUCAUCCCAUUAGAAACCCUGAUGUGCUGGAAGAGAAGGGGCUUGCUGAAGGCAGAGCUGAGUGAUUACGGAGAGCAUAGCAUUCAGGAUAAUUCCUUCAGCACCACAGCUUUAGCAGAGUGUGAUGGAGAUUCAGACCCUGUGCGUGAAGAUCAAGCAGCCAGUUCCAGCCCCAGAGAUGGUGAUAACAAAGAAAAUUACCCGGACAAUGCUGCAGUUUUAGAAGAAAGGCAGCUGCCUUUGCAAGACACCUUGCAGCAAAAGGAGCAAGCAGCAGUUGACUGCCCACUAAAACCUGCAAUGGGCAACUUGAAGCUAAGGAAGCCUAAGCCCAUUGCAAAGCUAGAAAAUGGAAGAAGCCAUGAGGAAAGUCAGGAGCUGGAGAACGUAUUGCCUGGCCUCUCAGCCUGGCAGGGGACAGCAGGAGCCUCCGCUAAUGCCUGUGCCCAGAAUACGCCUUUCAGAUGCCAGGAAACAGUCCGGAGGUUUCUGCCAAGAAUAGAUCAGAGCUCGUGCAUUUCAGCAAAAGAAGCAACUGAGCAACUACACAGCAAAAACGAGAAUUCUUUGUUGAAGCUACAAGCCCUUGAAACCGAUCUGUGCUCUGCAUUUCUGACAACCCAGGAAGGAGCUCCGCAGCUGCCGGCAUCCAAGGACCCAGCCCCUUCAGCAGUCCAGACCGGCGUGCAAACUGAUGGGGGCAGUUGUGGAGAGCAAUAUCACUUCAUUUCUCCUAUUAUUGAUUUUAAUUUAAUGCAUCAGCAGAGAGAUAGCGAAGAGCCUGUACCAGCCCAAAGAGACUGGCAGAGUGACGUGGACAACAGCCCGCAAGAGCAUCGCUCCCUAGGGACCAGUCGACUGCUGUAUCAUAUUACUGAUGGAGACAAUCCCCUCUUGUCACCACGCUGCUCUAUAUUUAGCCAAAGCCAGAGAUUUAAUCUAGACACAGAGUCUGCCCCUUCUCCACCAAGUGCUCAGCCUUUCAUGAUGCCAAGAAGUUCUUCUAGAUGUAACUGUGAGGAGUGCAAAGAACCGCAGACAGUAGCACAACUUACCAAGCAUCUUCAGAGUCUCAAGAGAAAAAUUAGGAAGUAUGAAGAAAAGUUUGAACAAGAGAGAAAAUACCUGCCCUCGCACGGUGACAAGACUUCCAAUCCCGAAGUCCUGAAAUGGAUGAAUGAUUUGGCUAAAGGUCGUAAGCAGCUCAAAGAGCUGAAACUCAGAAUGUCAGAAGAGCAGAACUCCACCUCUAGAGCACCCCAAAGAAAUGAUCGUUGUGAAAGCACUGGGAUCUCUAAAGAGGCUGGGGCACAGGAGGCAGCAAGCAUUGAACCAGCUCCCUCGGUAGAAGAAACCAUGGACAGUGUGUUGAGACGAUUAAAGGAGAAAAGACAACGCUUGAACCUUCCUGAGACUCCAAAGGUUACUAAACAAGAAAAGAAUCUUAUGAAGCCUCUUUAUGACAGAUACAGAAUUAUCAAGAAACUUCUUGCAACGCCAUCUUUGAUCACCACAAUUGAGGAGGAAGACUCAGAUGAAGACCAUUCUCAAAGCAGCCAUGAGCUAUCAUCCAGUCCAAUAUCUUGCCUUCCUGUCGAUGAGAACCUGUGUUACUCACAGGAGCAGAGUGAGCCUGCAUACGUUUCACCUCUGGAUGAAAAGAAAGUUUUCAGACAAACAGCCUUGUCUAUGUCCAAUUUACAUGAGGCAACAGUGCCUGUUCUGCUUGAACAUCUCAGAGAAACAAGAGCAGAUAAGAAAAGGCUUCGCAAAGCUCUGAGAGAGUUUGAAGACCAAUUCUAUAAACAGACCGGAAGGAGUCCACAAAAAGAAGAUCGAGUAGCAAUGGCAGAGGAAUACUCUGAAUACAAGCACGCAAAAGCCAAAAUCAGGCUCUUGGAGGUUCUCAUCAGUAAGCAUGAUAUCUCCAAAACAAUUUGAAAUGAGUGCAAUGCAGUGGUAUUGUUCUCUAGGAAAGGAAAAAAAAAAAAAAGUAAUUUAACAGGUCUUGGUCUGCUGCACAGUUAUUUGACACACUGAGAUUCUGAUGCACUUUUUACCAAUUAUACUAGCUGGGAUGAGAGAGGACAGCAAUAUGCAAGAAAGACUAUUAAGCACGGGUGAGUGGACUAUAAGCUAAUUUUUUUUCUUUCUUUUGGAAAAAAAAAAAAAGCCCUUAAAGUGCACUGUGAAAAUGUUUGUUAGAAAUUAAAAGGACACUGGCAUAGUGUAGACCCUCAGUGUGCCCUGCUUUUACUUUAAAAAAAAAAAAAAAAAGACAAGGACAUGCUCUCCUGGUUUUUACUGUAUCUUAGUAGACGACAGUAAUGUGAUGUGCCACGCAUUUCCUACAAGAAUUAACAUUGAAUUUACAACUAUUGUCGUCAGCUCUCAAUGUGCUGAUUUACUAGUUGAAAAGCAAUAUUAGCUUAAACAAACAAAAACUCAUAAGCUUCUUGUCUCUGUCCAGAUAAAUUUGCCAUUCAAUUCCAGUAGCUUCAAAGGCAGGUGCAUACACAGCCAGCACCAGGAUUGAGAUUUAAAAUUCUUGGAGCAGAGCAAAGUUAUGCUGCCUAUGCAAAAAAAAACAAGGAAGGAAGAUGACUGCCAAAUGGAACUAUUGUUUUUGAGAAGGAGGGGGGGGGGGGGAGGGGGACAAACUGAAACAGAUAGCUAGAUACAGUUUACCAGGAAGAGGCAAAACAAAGGUACUGGCUGCUGUCCUUUUUUGCUGUGGUUCACAGGACCUGACUUACUUGCGAUGAUACUUAAAAUUCAGUAAAUAGCUCAACUACAUGCUCAUUCUUAUUUCUGUAUUAAACUUUGCACUUUAUUUUGCCUGAUGGUAUAACAACAUUUGCUUUUCUAACUACCAAAGCUCGUUUGGAAGCAUGCACUUUGUUAAAAUGUGUUCCUGUGUUACAAAUAAUUGCCACAUAGCUAUAUUAAAACAAAACUAGAUUGUUGUAUUAUGCUAAGAUAUUUUUGGAUAGAUAAAGUACAGAGUAUAUAAUUGAGUGUCAUAGUUAGUUAUCUGGUGAGGACCGCUAGACUUCUUGUUUACUAAAAACAAGAUUAUACAAAGAUAUUUUUCCAUUGGCAUUAUGCAUCUUCCUUAAAUUUCAGAGCACUACACUUUGUAAUAUUAAGGAGGUCCGUCUCUC